GCUCGCAGUCGUCCUAUGUACAGCAACUCACCACUGGACGAGCUGUACUCCGAGUACGUAUCAUCUCUUUCGUCCUCUGUACUCUGCAAAAUAAUAAUGCAGUCAGUCACUAUCAUCUACCAAAAGGACCUUUAUCAGCCAGUGUGCCAAUCGGCCAGACCAGAGCAGGGCAGAGCAGCCUCCCUCGAUCGCGUCGCCAGAUCGAUCGGGCAUCGGCCGGCGAUGUCGGCGGGCGAGGGGAGGAAGACGGCGUGCGUCACGGGAGGGAGCGGCUACAUCGCUUCGGCGCUCAUCAAGCUGCUGCUCGAGAAGGGCUACGCCGUCAAGACCACCGUCAGAAACCCCGAUGACAUGGAGAAGAACUCCCACCUCAAAGACCUGCAGCAAACGCUUGGGCCCUUGGAGAUCAUCCGUGCCGAUCUGAAUGAAGAAGGCAGCUUCGACGAAGCUGUUUCUGGCUGCGACUACGUCUUCCUCGUCGCCGCUCCGGUGAACAUGUUGUCUGAAGAUCCUGAGAGAGAUGUGAUCGAACCCGCGGUUCAAGGAACGCUCAACGUGAUGAGGUCGUGCGCGAGAGCAGGCACGGUGAAGCGCGUGAUCCUGACGUCGUCGAACGCCGGGGUGUCCAGGAGGCCGCUGCAGGGCGGCGGCCACGUGCUGGACGAGAGCUCCUGGUCCGACGUCGAGUAUCUCAGAGCCAACAAGCCACCAACUUGGGCAUACGGGGUGUCGAAGGUGCUUCUGGAGAAGGCGGCGAGCGAAUUCGCGGAGGAGAAGGGCAUCAGCCUCGUCACCGUGUUGCCCGUGACCACACUGGGCGCGGCGCCGGUCGCCAAAGCAAGAUCCAGCGUUCCCGUCGUCCUCUCCUUGUUGUCUGGCGACGAAGCGCGGCUGACAAUCCUGAAAGGCGUGCAGUCUGUCACCGGUUCCGUGUCGAUAAUUCACGUGGAGGAUCUCUGCCGCGCCGAGGUGUUCGUCGCGGAGAACGAGACCUCGUCGGGGAGGUACAUGUGCUGCAGCCACAACACCACCGUCGUGCAGAUCACCCGUCUCCUGGCAGAAAAAUUCCCGCAGUACAACGUGAAUGCCCAACGAUUCGCUGGAUGCCCCGAGGAACCGAGAGUGCGCAUGUCGUCUCAGAAGCUCGUCGGAGAAGGGUUUGCCUUCAAGCAUGAGUGCCUUGGUGAGAUAUUCGAUGACGUUGUCGAGUAUGGAAGGAGCACCGGGAUUUUGCGCCAUUGACAUGUUCUUUAGACACCGACCGAUAUGUGAUCGAUGGGAACAAUAAAAUGUGAUUUCAUGUGAGUGAAGUCUUAUGACUGCAUUUUGUCUACGUGAAAUUGUAGAUACGUUUUGCCUUAUUUAUAUUGAAGAAAAUUGCAAGGGGAGACGGGAUGUAAUAACAUCUACAGCCGGACUUAAUAAAUAUGACCCCUAUACGCU